AUCGUUCCUUCAACUAUGAUUAAAUGUCGCAGCUUGGUGUUUAUGCGCGAAGUUUUGUUUGUUUUUCUAUAAAAAUCAACUGUUUUAAUAACAGUAUAAUUGCUAAGUUAUGUUAAUUCGUGUAUGAACUAGUUUCGGUGUAAAAAGAUGCCUUACUACUGCACAGUGCCGCGUUGUACGUCAAUGGCAGGAAAGGUGAAAAAUGUAUCAUUCCACCAAUUUCCCAGGGACGAAGAGCUUGCAAAACUGUGGAACGAUAUAUUGAAACGCGGCAAACCUUAUACGAAGUACUCUAAAGUAUGUAGUCUCCAUUUUAAACAAGAAGAUUACACAAUAACAAGCGCAGGCAAGAAUAAAGGUCAAUGGAGGACCCUCCGCAAAGAUGCUAUACCCUCUCAGAACCUGCCCUCGGAUGGACCGGCUCCAUACCCCAGAAGACAGACAGGCUCCUGGGUACCCAACAAUGUACCUGCUAUAGACCCACAGAUCCACCAGCAAGCGCAACAGCUGGCUCAAGCUAUAUAUAUGCAGACCAUGCUAGCAAUGCAAGCUGCAAGCGUGCAGGAUGCCAUGGCUAAUGGAUUUUCUAAUGGCCUCCCAACACUCCCCCCGCCUUACGACACAAAGUCCUCAACAUCGCCCACACAAGAGGAACCAGACUUAAAACCACCUACCCAAGCACCAAGCCCGCUCAGAACAGACUUGGAUCACACAUCAUCAUACAAAUGUACGGAGUGCUCAAAGUGUUUUAAGGACCCAGAUGUCUUUUUACUCCAUAAGCGGACACAUAAAGAUACCCAACCGACAAACGGUAAGGAAAACUUAGAUCUUAAUGCUAUAAAACCAGAAAUGCUUAGAGCGAAUCCGAUUCUGGCUAAUUUAUUAAAAAAUUCAGUAGAAAAAGACAUUUUCACUGCUAAUAUGUUAGAAAAACAAUUAAUGCUCAGUUUUUCCAAUAUGGAGAAUUAUUUUAAGAGUGUAUCCAAGUUUAAUAAUUGUAAUAGUUCGGCUUUAGAUGAUAGUCAAUUGGUUAUUGAUGAAAAUGUAGCUUAAGAUUUGAUUUUUACUGCUGGGAAUUUCUUUUAGAGUCUAAAAAGUAUUAAUUUUGUUGAAAAACUUCUUAUAAAUGUUUUACGAGGUGAUUCGAGUAAUUUCGGGCCUCGCCUGGGGCCUAUAAGUCUUGGAACUUGAAUUGGCACUCCAAAAAAUGAUAAUUUUGUUGAAACACUUCUUAUAAAUGUUUUACGAGGUGAUUCAACGAGUUUCGAGCCUCGGCCGGGGCCUAUAAGUUUUGAAAUUUGGAUUCUAAAUUAAUGAAUAUGUUUUAAAUCUUAAAAAGAUUUUGAUAUUUUUGGUGUAUUUUAUUCUUCAUAUUAAUUUGUUUGUAUUUGGAGGUAAGGCAGAGAUGUUAGUUACAUCUACUUUUCACCAAUUAUGUUAUAUAACCUUAUACAUCAUACAAAACUUCCAUGCUAUUAUAGGGAAUUUUGAUAAUCGAAAACACAAUAAUAUUUUACUCAACCUGAGUAUUGAACUAAGAUCUUAGCGUAGCAAUCAAUCUUGCUAACUGAAAGUCGAAAUUUCGAUUCCGAAAUUCUCUUUAGUAGCAUAAGUGCCUUAAUAUAAUUAAAAUAGGUCCCUAUUACAUGGGACUUAUAACAUAAAUGGUGAAAAGUGGGUGUCACAUUGUAUAGCGGCAUUACGUGCCGUAAUGUGCACCUCUGCCUACAAUGCAACUGGUAAAAGGCGUGAUGAUAUUUGUUUUUUAUUAAAUGUAACCAAAAAUAAAGAAAUUUCCAGCAGAAAUUCAAGUAUAUAAGUAUUAAUAUAAGACUGUACCUUUUUUAUAAUAAUAAUUACACUUUUAAAAUGGCAGAUUUUGUAUCCAGACAAUAUUUUUGGGCUAUUUUUAAACUAGGUCUUAUAAUCUACAAUCAUAUUUCUUGAGAUCUUAUAAAGCAGCUUUUUUAUAACUAUGUUAAAAACAGCGCAAUUACUAUUGUCUUGUAACUAAGUAAAAGUAUUUAAAACACCUGAAUAUAUUAAGUUUAAACUUACAAUUUUAAUCUGUUGUAUCGUCAUGAGCUAAUGUUCACAUGUAAACAGCAGCUCAUGUAGUGUAGAUGUCCAGUCUAUAGUUGACAUACUUAGGUAUCGUCCUAUUUUUUAUACAUACCAAUUAGCAUGAUCUAAUUAUACAGUGUACUUUAGUAUGCAGGGAGACAGGUUAAACAAUGUAUACAGACAACAGAUUAUAAUUUUUGUUUAUAUACUUAAAAAGCUGAAAUUGAUAGCCAAUCUUAAUUCAAAAUUUUCGAAAUUUCGACCCUGAAGUGUAGGAGAAUGAUACUUCGGCUCGACCGGAGUGAUACCACGGCCUCACAGAAAACCGACGUGAAACAACGCGUGCGUUGUGUGAGUGAGGUUACCGGAGACCCAAUUACCCCCCUCCCCAAUCCCCAAAUCCCCAACAAUCCUCAACUUCCCAACCCCCAAAAAGCCAACAACGAUACUUGUAACGCCUCUGGUGUUUCAAGUGUCCAUGAGCGGCGGCGAUUGCUUACCAUCAAGUGAUCCGUCUGCUCGUUUACCGGCUUAUACCAUAACAAAACUGGUUCUAUUAAAUUAUCAAAGAUUUUGCAUUAAGAUGGCUAUGAAUUUCAGCUAUAUAUCUGCCAUUAAAAUUUGUAAAUAACCCACCUUUAGCAUUAACAUAUAACAUAUAUUAAAAUAUUGUAUAUUUUUGUACCUUCUCACAUAAUCUUUACAUAGUAUAUAUAUGUAGAUGAGUUAGAAUGUCCCUAUGUAAUUUUAAUUACUGCAAUAUAAUGCAACUAGCCUUAUUUUUAUAACAUAAGUGGGGAUAAGUGGUUGAUACAUUUUAUAUGUAUAUUCAUUUAAAUACAGCCUUUAUUUUUUACCACCAUUCAAAUUUUUUCUAAGAUAGGCAUCAUUCAAACAAAAUUUUUAAAUAAAAAUACUUUUUACUAUAGGAAAUAACUGACUUCACUGAAGAAAAUCGGUUUAAAAGAACACUGAAAUGGUCAAAAUAACUUUUAUUUCGGAGGUCGGUGUUAAAUAAGAAACAAACAAUAAUGAGAAACACCGAUUUUCGAAAUCAAAGUCAAUUUGAUCCUUUUAAUGUUUUUUUUAACCGUCUUUCUUCAGUGAAGUCGGUUUUUUUUAAAGUUUUAUUCAUAAAGUAUUAACACAUUGAACGCCGUGGUUGUCACCGGUGACCGACGUUAGCGGAGGAUUUGCCUUCAACAGUUUUCUAUUGGCAGUCAAAGAUUUUAAAAUGUAAUGUUUGAAUUAUACCUAACUCUCAGAAAAAAAUAGGCUGUAUAAGGGACAGAAACAUAUUGAAAAUCAUGUAUUCUCAACUUCUAUAACAAUUUUAACAGUAUUAUUUUAAGACACUAUAGGAAUUUGUGCGAUUUAAACAUGUACAGUGUGUUUCGGAUCGGAUUUUCGAUACAUUGCCAACGUAUUGUACCUAUUUUAAAUUUUUACUAAAUCACUCUUACUUGGAACCGUUUUUAAAAUUUGAAAGAAUAACUGCUUAUAAAAUAUUGCAGGCAAGAAGAAAAUAAUUUAAAAGUAGAUAAAUAAGCAACAUAGCUUGAAAUGGUCAAUUAUUAAUUUGAUUUCUUUUCUAAAUGCAUUAUAAUUAUCACAAUAGCUAUUCUUUUAUUAGGUACCUAAUAUAUUUCAAAAAAUAAAUACAUACCGGCAAAAUUGAGAACCUCCUUUUUUGGGAAGACGGUUAAUAAGCUAAAAUGGUUGUUAGUCGCUUCGUUUAUUCUAGUUUUGUUAAAUUUACUCAAAGAUACACCGAUCUACACGGGUUGUUAUCAAUAAAAUUUUAAUGUAUCGAAAUUUCGAUCCCUUUAACAUUGUACACUUUUUUUUAAGAAAAAAAAAUGCAAAGCGAAGUUUUUUACGAAACUAUACUACAGUAUGAUUAUUUAUGUAUGUAUGUAUGUGAUGGAAAUGAAGAAAAUACAUACAGAAACGAAUUUAAAAAAGACUGUUUACCACCGAUUUUUUAAUGGGCGAUACCAUUUUAUUGGUAUAUACCAAUUUUUUUAAACUAAAUUAUGUAUAGGAGUUAGUUUUUAGCGGAUAUAUUAGUGCCUUAGCAUAGUUCUAUCUCGUAUAAAAUUAGUUUAUAAUAUCAAUGAAGGAUAAAUAAGUCUUUUGUAUAAAAAAACUAAUAUUUUUUAAUAAUUUUCCGCGGAUUUUAGAAGAUUUUUUACCGAUGAUCCGGUGUGAAAGUUGAGUGUUGUUUUUGUGAAAAUAACGAGAUUUUUUGUUCGGGAAAUUACUUGUUUUUAUGUUCAUGUCGAAUUUAUGGGUUUUUUUGUUUAUGAAACAAUGGAUUUGUUAUACUACAGUUUGUUCAUUUUGUUAUUAAUUUUAUUAUCAUUCGAAACUUUUGUAUGGUCCAACCCAUAUUGGAUGACAUCAUGUUUUUAGAAAUAAUUCGAGCAUUUUAGUCAUUCUUUUAAUUUUGUGUUAAUCACUUCAUAACCUUAAAUUCUUGAAACAAUAUGUAAUUUUACUUUUUUAACUUUUAAAUUAAAACAUUGCCACACUAGGAUUUUCUCCUGUGUCGUGGGGCCGUAUGUACCGAACUUGUAUGUUUGUAAAUGCAUCCACGACACGGGAGACAAUCCUAGUGUGGAGUAACGUUUUAAAAAUAAUCAAUAAUUAUGCACUUUUGAUCCAAAAACAAGAUAAAUAGUGUCUGUCUAUCAGUCAGUCCUCUAGUUGCUCUAUUUGCUCGUUCCAAAGUGUAGAUUCCUAUGGAGAAGAACGAGCAAGAAACUCCAUAGGUUACUCUUUUUAUAUGUAUAUUGAUUUGAAAGUGCGAAUCCAUUGUUUCUAUAUUAUAAUACAUAUAUAUACACUAUCAUUUUAUUUAUUAGGGGGAAAAGCAGAGUUGAUAAAAUUGUGAAAGAAAAAUGGUGUAUCAUACUUUUUGUAUUAUUUUGAUAAUAAUGUGUUAAGUAAAGGUAUUGUUAUUAUGUAAUAUUUAUAUAAAGAUUUUAAGUGUGGGAGAGCAAUGCUUCGGCACUGCUGGGCCGGCUCGACCGGAGUGAUACCACGGCUUCACAGAAAACCGACGUGAAACAACGCUUGCGUUGUGUGAGUGAGGUUACCGGAGCCCCAAUUACCUUCCCUAUCCCCGAUUCCCCAACAACCCUUAAAUUCCUAACCCCCAAAAGACUGAAAACACACUUUUAUGUAACGCCUCUGGUGUUUGCUUACCAGGCGGCGAUUGCUUACCAUCAGGUGAUCUGUCUGCUCGUUUACCGGCUUGUACCAUUAAAUUUUCCUAUACAAUAGGUACAUAUAGAAAGGUGACUAUUUAACCAACUUACAAAAUUAGGUUAAUUCCCUAACAAAAAGUGCAUUAUGCAAUACUUAUACAAUUUUUUAUACUACGGGACUUUUUGUUUACAAACAAUAGGUAGUUGUUUAUAUUUUCGUAUAGAAGAAUAAUAAAAAGGGUUUUAUUAUAUUUUGUUACAAUGAUGUCAUUUAGGUUUUCCCCUAAGGUUAGGUAAAGGUCGUUUGGUUGUCACCAGUCAAUUACAAUACGGUUGUUUCCAACUAGUCAAAUUCAAUACUUUUAUAGAAAUGUCAAAAACCGAUAUCUUUCUAUGAAUUUUGUAGGAUUGCAAAUUAUGACGUCAUACAUUUUUUGUGUAAUACUUCACAAAAUAUAUCAAGAAAAAUUAAAAAAUUGAGCAUUCAAUGCAAGCAUAUUGCUGAGCUGCUUUCCGAAAAUUUCUCAGUAGUAGCACGGAGUCUGGAAAUGUGUCUGGUAUAUUGCGUUAGGCUUCACCACAUAAAUUGUGAAAAGUGGGUGUACAUUUUACAGUGGCAUUACGUGCCGUAAUGUGCAUCUCUGCCUACCCCUUCGGGGAUAAAGGGAGUGACGAUAUUUCAGAUAUUUCAAAAUAAUCUAUACUUAUAAUAAUGAUACCUUUAUUAAUGUAUCUAUGUAUGUAUGUAUGGGUGUUUCUUCAAAAAACUUGCAACUUUUAUUUAACAAACCAUUAUUCUCCCGCGUUAUUAAGCAUCGCGGUAGCUUAUUAUCAUUCUUAUUUUUAUUGGAUUGGUUGAGAGCAGUGUCACAGCUUAAUUUAUUGAAACCAAAUUUUGUGUUUCAAUCGGCAGAAUUGUUAACUUUUGGUUGAGGAUAAUGACGCCGUUAACACAUUUAGUGCCACCGACUCGCCCGGAGAGUCCAUGUAAAUUUUAUUCCAGUGCCGUAGACUCGCCCAGCGAGUUCAAUGUUUUUGCUCUUUUUUUCCAAAAUGCAUGGUGUAUUUUUUACUUAAAAUAAUACUGAAGACCCCUAAUCCCUAAAGAUACCCUAAUCUAAAGAAUUGCAUAGAGGGUGCGACGCUACGGUUCUGGAAUUAAAUUUACGUGGACUCUCUGGGCGUGUUGGUGGCACUGAAUGUGUUAACUUAUAGUGUUUUUUUUUUUGAAGAAUCACCCUUAGACACCUCGAUAUCUGCUUUCCCCCUAAGUUAUAUAUUAUAUCGACUGAUUUACCCACAGUAUUGUAUAAAAGACUGUUCGUAUCGUAUGCUCUGAUCUCUUAAAUAAAAAAUGGAAAUAAUUUGAGAUAAAUAAAUAAACGAGUAUUAUUAAUUCUUUAGUAAAA